UUGUAAUAAUAUUGAAAAAUUUAAAGGAAAUAAUCAUGAAAAAACAGGAAAACGAAUUUCCGCGGGAGUCAUCGCCAUCUUUUUUUGGCGAGAGCUCGAACUGCUUUCCACUUUCAGGGAGCUUGAAUAAAACUGCCCUACACAACAGCCGGCAUAGUUUUUCGGGGCGAUCCUCCCAAUCUAUACCCGGCAUCCGGUCGGGCUACAAUGUUGUGAAGUGCUUUGGUUUCCCCCUGCCCGUCGUAGUGAACGAGGCCUUGACCUCUGUGGGAUCUGCUGCAGGAACGGUUUCUGCGAAGGUUGCCCAAAAUGGUUUGGCUUGGGUUGUGCACGGCCGCCGACUACUAAUUUGGCAGUACAAAGAGUCGUCCAAGGAUGCCAAGAACCCUACACGGGAAGGUGGCUUCCCUCAAUGCCGCGAACUACAACUGCCCUACUCCGACUUGGGGUACAACAGUGAGUUGAUUAGUGUAUUCCAGACAGACGGCCAGCAAAUGGCAUCCUGCAUAGCAGUUUCUGCAACGGGAGAUGUGCGCUAUUGGCCAUCUAUUGCCCACGACGGGAAUACCGUGAAUCUACCGAUCCUAACAGGUCAGGACUUCGUUCAGAUUAUAAAUCUACCAUUGCAAGAGGGCUACCUUGCUGUGACCUCAACUUGCACUUUGGUAUUUCUCAGCGUAGGCCUCACCAACGGCCGAUACUCGUUGCACCACAAGACCAUAAAGCCGGCCACCAGUUUGCUUGGUGGCUUUGGCAGCGACAAGGAUCCGCUCUUGGUUGGCAUGUGCUGCGAGAGAAAUUCUCCUGAAAGUGAAACCGUGGUGACUGUGCUCUCGGAUCGUUCGAUCCAACGCUGGAGUUUGCCGAGCAAAGGGAAUACAGAACAUUUACUCCACGAGGAUGAAGAGGUGGUGCUCCGGAUUCGCGAGGAGUUUAAGAAAAUGUUCUGGAAUCUCCGUACUCCCGCGGACAAUGUGGAAAUCGAGUUGCAUCUGCUGGACUUUCAUAUCGUUGAUGACAAGGCUUACAUAUUGGCUGGAGCUGUUAACGCUGCCCACGCUCCACAGAUGUGCUAUGCCGUUGCUGUGGCCAGUGUCCAAGCGAACAGCAUACUUCUGGAGUCAUUCACACCCCUUAAGUUGAAUAAAUUCUACAACGCCAAGACCAAAGAGGAUUGCUUCAGCCUUCGCUUCAUAAUAGGGAGCAGCCACAUCUACCUCUACACCCCAAAGGUGGUCUAUCCGUUGCUCUUGGCAAACGCCGUACCCACAGCCGAGAUUGAGGCGGAGAAGAUUGAAUUUCAUUUGCACGACGAUCGAAUCCUAUGUGCCGCCGUCUACAGUCGCCUGCCGCUGUUCUUUAGCCGCACACACGGACUGGUUUCCAUCACGCCCGGCGACUUUGAUGCCAACGAGCUGCAUAAUAUGAGCACCGGCAAUACACCAGAUCUGUUUAAACCAGCUAUGCUCGGUAGUUUCAGUGCACCCGAUCAGUCUGCACUGACCGCAGUAACUGACAGCAGAAACAAUCUGCACAUGUUCGAACUGGAUCCGGAUGAGCUAUACAGCGAUCGACGUGACAAAGUGGGCCAGUUAAAGGCUGCCUUCGUGUACCACCUGAAGCGUAAUAACAGCAUGGUGAAGACCAUUAUCGGGGAGCUUCUGCGCACUGUCAAUGAGCCCGAUCAAUGUAGUGCACCCUUGGAUGCCUACAAGUUGGAUAGAAUUGUCAUCACAAUAGCGGAGGACUUGGCCGAGGAUCUUCCAAUCGCCGAUCCACGCUGGGAGGAGGCCCUGGGCGAUCACGAUGGCAAUCGUCAUGCGUUGGGGAGCUCACGCUCCAUGCAAAUAAUCAAUCAGCUACGUGACAAAACCCUUGCCUUCGAUCACUUUGUCUCAUUUCUUCAUGCCAGCGGCGUUUGGGAGAAGCUCAAUGCCAUACCCUGUGGUAGUAAUGUGCUGAAGCCGACCAGUUUUAUAUUGUCCGAUAUUAGCGAGAAAAUAGUGGCUGCCAUGGCACUCCGUUCCUUGCAGGCCAAACAACCAAAAAUCAUCGAGCAUGCCAUCGAUGCCACUGUCGCCAUGUGGGAUGAGAAGCCCAAUGGCAACUUAACCACCCAGGAUAUAUUCUAUGUGAAACUGUGCAAAUUCCAGUUUGUAUUUAAAGCCCUAGCCGAAAUGGCUGACAAUCAGAUUUCAGCUCAGAGAGAUACCACGGUAAUGGUGGCCCAAUUUCUCAACGAUACCAAUUCCAUCGUCCUGGAUACACUGGGCCAGGUGUUUAUGCAUCGUGAGCAGCAGGCGAACCACUUCACACCGCACAAUGACCGACUGGCCGCCUGCGAAAACCUUCCCUGGACGGCCAUGUCGGGAAGUGCUGGUGUGCGGGACACUCUCAACCGACUUAUAGACCUCAGCCUGCGCUAUGGUUCCCAGUGCAUCAGUGAGACGGAGCUAAGCCAGAAGUUGUACCAGCAAAUAUACGAGCUAGUGGACUUGGUGCUUGAGGGACGCAAGAUCUACUUGGAUAGUGUUCGAGGAUCGGAGAAGGCUAAUCUAUUGCAGCGGCAGUUUGAGGUACAGCGCAGGGAACUCAUCUCAGUCCUAAUCAAGGAUCUUAAGUACGAGUAUGCCGCUAAGUUGGCUGAAAAGUAUCUGGACUUUCAUAGUCUAGUGCUAAUAUGCGACGUGACGAAUGACAAAGAACGUUUGGAUGAUUACAUGCGCAAAUACGAGGAGUUUGACUUCUCGCAGUUUGCCAUCAGAUGGUAUCUGCGGCAGAAGCGACAUGGCGAGGUAUUCGAGCGCUUCAAGGACAACCCGGUAGCGUUGGCACAAUUCAUGCGUUACCAUCCAUCGCUGGUCUGGAUUCAGCUGAUAUUCAACGGCGACUACGAGCAGGCGGCAAAGGUGCUGUACGAGCUGGCGCAAAACGAGAAGGAGAUUGUGGCGCGCAAAAAGACAAUGUUGUCUCUGGCCAAGCUGGCUGCUUUUGCGGCGCCCGACACCGACCUGACGUCGCAGAUGGAGAAGAUCAAUGCUGAUCUAAGGCUCAUCGAGUAUCAGCUGCAGUUGAGCCAUGACGUACUGCAAAACUUUGGCCUCGACCCAGUAGAACAGAAAGUUCUCAAAGCUGAGGAUAUUAUCGAUCUAUACAUCGCCGAUGAAAACAAAAGUGCCACCGACGUAGAGUUUGGCAAGGCCUUGGAGCUGCUGAGCUUUGUGGAACAGCCCUACGAUCUGCGCCACAAGAUCUGGUGUGCGGCCAUACGCCGCGACAACUGGAUCUAUGAUCCCAAUAAUGCCGUGGAAUGCAUGCAGAAGCUACUAUUCUUCAAAAUCAUUGCAAUCUCACAGGUGAAGGGCCAGGAAGGCAACAAUUUUCUGCCACCCAUGGAGGAAUUCCUGGAGAGCACAGAACUGGACGACCUGCCGCAGAACAAGUCGUUCCAGAAUCUCUUGAAACUGACUUACGAGUAUAUGGCCGAUAGGUUCAAACAGCCACAAGACAUGAAAGUCUAAUUAUGUUGUGCAUACACAAGCAUUUACAUUUAUUAAACUUUGAACCAAAA